AUGCAGGGCCCUGGUCAAUACCAGCAGCAAGGUUAUGAAGACUACCAAGGUGGACAGGGCUACGACUACUACGAUGACGGGAGCGGCGAAAUGGCCCUUACCCUCCCCGUGGAGGUGGCCUUCCCUCAGGCCCUGGUAGGGUCCAUCCAAAUGGCCCUCCACGGGGCGGUGGGCCACCUGGCGCGUAUGGAAGAGGGCCGCCACCUCCAAUGGACAUGCCUCCGCAAGUUAUCCAACCAAAUGGGUGCGAUGGACAUCUCGCAGCGACCACGAAUGCCCGUGGACCGCCACAGCGAUGGUGCUCAGCGUGGCGGGAUGCGACCACCCGAGGGGAUCCAAUCCCCGACAGACGGCAUGCGAGGUCUACCUCCUCCCGGCCUCCCACGUGGCUUUGAUGAGGGGCGCCGGGGCUCAGAGCCCGCCCCCGGUCCCGGGUUUGGGCCAGCGGGUCAGGGGCAGGGGAAACGACUUUGGACCUCCAUCUCGAAGCAUGACGAUGCCAAUGAACGACCCGGCACAGCGACGGGAACCCAUGCCUCCGCAACCACCGAUGCCCUAUGGGCCCGUCCCUGCGCCCACCGCCCCAGAGAAUCUAUCCAAACCAAGGGCCGCCCCCUCAGCCUGGAUACGGCGGCGGUCCAGGCUAUGGAAAUGGUCCUCAACCCCCUGGGCCACGGCAGGCGUCUCGCGCCUCCUACGAUGACAUCUUUGAUAGCUACGGUGGUGGCCCGGCGGGCAAUGGAGAUUACCCACCUGGACCUCCAAAUGAUAUGGGAUACUAUAAUGGACCGCCCCGCCAGGCCUCCCUGGGAGGUUCCAUGGAUCCGUAUGCGGGCCCCGGGGGCUCCUAACGGGCCAUUACCUCCCGGCCCGGUACCGCAGGCACUCAACAUACCACGCACAAAAUCCCAGCCAAAUCUACGCAACGGACAGCCGGUGUUUGAGAUGUCGGGUGAUAUUCCGCCCAUGCCUAACAUGCCGGGUCAACCUGGGGGCGGCCCCGCCAACCCGGAUGCCCUCCCCUCGCACCCCACCCCAGUACGACCGGGCUUAAUGGCGGACUCCGUGGUAAACGUGGCGAACAAGCCUCCCCCAGUGCGGACCUACGGCACCUCGUCGCCUGCACCGACUAUGAAUAGUGGGCCUCCUUCAACCGCUACGCCCUCGGAGCCACCUCCAGAUCCAGUCACUAGUGAAGAGUUGGAGCGCUUAAGGGUUAUCGUAAAAGCAGACCCGAACGAUCAGGAAACCGGCCUUCGAUUUGCCAAGAGGCUUGUGGAAGCUGCAGACGUCUUGGUCCCCAACGUUGCGGACCCCAAGACGAGAGCUAGGUCGCGCGAUAGGUAUCUAGCCGACGCGUACAAGGUGUUGAAGAAGCUGGCCAACGCGCAGAACAAAGAAGCCAUGUUCUUCUUCGCAGAUUGCAUCGGAAGGUCCCUCUUCAGCAACGAUCCGGAUCACAAGGAGGCCUUUACCUUGUAUCAGUCCGCAGCCAAAUUGGGCCACGCGGCUGCCGCCUACCGCACAGCCGUCUGUUGCGAGAUUGGUCACGAAGAUGGAGGAGGCACGAGGAAGGAUCCCCUCAAGGCCAUUCAGUGGUAUAAGCGGGCUGCUACCUUGGGUGAUACGCCAGCCAUGUACAAGAUGGGCAUGAUCCAGCUCAAAGGCUUGUUGGGUCAACCCAAGAAUCCUCGCGAGGCUAUCGGCUGGCUCAAGAGGGCGGCCGACCAGUCGACGGGUGAGAACCCGCACGCCCUCCAUGAGCUAGGUCUGCUUUACGAAUCGGCGCAGCCCAACGACGUCAUCAUCCGAGACGAAAAGUAUGCCUUCACCCUAUUCAAGAAGGCUGCCGAACUAGGAUACAAGUUUUCGCAGUUCCGUCUUGGAUGCGCGUACGAGUAUGGCCUCAUGGGCUGCCCCAUUGACCCCCGGCUCUCAAUCAUGUGGUACUCCAAAGCCGCGAUGCAAGAGGAGCACCAAGCAGAGCUUGCGCUCAGCGGCUGGUACUUGACGGGCAGCGAGGGCGUGUUGGCACAAAGCGACACAGAAGCGUAUCUCUGGGCGAGAAAGGCCGCCAUGGCUGGUCUGGCCAAGGCAGAGUACGCCAUGGGCUACUUUACAGAGGACGGAAUCGGUGUACCCGCCAACAUGGAAGAUGCAAAGCGGUGGUAUUGGCGAGCGGCUGCCCAGGACUUCCCCAAGGCGAGGGAGCGGCUUGAGGAUCUCAAGAGGUCGGGCAAAAAUGGGCCGAGGCAACGCGAACGCAUCUCACGAAGCAAGAUGAACAAGCAGCAAGAAGGCGAAUGCUCCGUUAUGUAG